UAAUUGAUGAAUUCUGAGGUCCGGGGGCUAAGAAGAAACCUCAAAGGCUGGUGUACAUCCCAAACAUAAUUUCUCCCCGCUGAAGAAUGGUCUGUCCACUGGCAACGUUACAGGAACUUCUGGGAGCUAAGUAGUUAAAAUGAGACCACGCCUUUCACAUCCUGUCCCGUUACAAAUCGGAAGGGUCUGUGAACUUUGAGUCGAUUUAAACACGGAGAGCAGUGAAAGUAGAGGUCCAAAGGUUGUAAACUCCAUCGCGGAUAUAAAAGAUAUAGGUCUUGUUCUUCAAUGUCAUAAUCUCGGCGAGUCGAUUAAUUGAUACGUGAGAGGACUCCAUCCAUUGUCCAGCAUGAAUUUCCUGUUAGAGACACUGCAGGUGCUCGUCAUGACCCUGUAUUAUAACCUGGAGAACGUGGUCCGGAUGGUUAUUCCUGUCCGGCGUAAAAGUGUCGCUGGGGAAAUAGUUCUGAUUACCGGUGCGGGGAGCGGCAUUGGUCGGCUCCUGGCACUGGACUUUGCUAGGCUGGGUGCCAGACUUGUGCUAUGGGACAUCAACCAGGAGGGGACGAAGGAGACGGCUCGUCUCCUCUUGGAGCAGCACAGCAACAGGGCCAACACCUACGUCUGUGACUGCAGUGAUCGCGCAGAGGUCUACCGGGUAGCCGACCAGGUCAAAAGAGAGGUAGGUGAUGUGACCAUUCUGAUCAACAAUGCGGGUAUUGUAACGGGAAAGAAGUUUCUGGAAUCUCCAGAUGCCCUUAUAGAAAAGACCGUCCAGGUUAACAGCAUGGCACACUUCUGGACCUACAAGGCGUUUCUCCCAGCAAUGAUUGCGGGUAACCAUGGUCACCUUGUUAGCAUUGCUAGCUCUGCUGGACUGAUUGGAGUUAAUGCACUAGCAGACUACUGUGCCAGUAAGUUCGCUGCAGUAGGCUUUGCGGAGUCUAUGGCUCUGGAGCUGCUGGCCACAGGAGUAGACGGAGUGAAGACCACCAUUGUCUGUCCAUUCUUCAUCAACACGGGCAUGUUUGAUGGAGCCAAUACAAAGUGGCCCAUAAUGAUGCCCAUUCUUCAGCCAGAUUAUGUGUGCAGAAAGAUUGUAGACGCCAUUCAGAGGGAUCAGGUGUAUCUGUACAUGCCACGCAUUCUUUACACGGUCAUCGCAAUGAAGAACAUUUUGCCCACAAAGCUCGGCGUGUUGCUGGGACAGUAUAUGGGAGCGUUUGACUUCAUGUCAGAAUUCAAAGGUCGCACGAAGAAGAUUGAGUGACCCUGAAGAAAAAGCACUUAUUAACUGAACUGAAGUCAAGUAACAUGCAUUGCAGAGAGAUAUUAACUGACUAGAUGGUCAAAACAUUUUUAUGAAGGUAAUGCCCAUUCAGAAAGCUGCUCGAUAUUUACAAAGACAGAAAAAUCUGAAUGGAAUAUAAUGAAGGAAAGAAUGUAUCUGUGCCCUAUUCACAUAUUUCAGCGUUUGUACUAUAAAGAAGUAUGCCGUCCACAAAUGCAUGGUAAAAUGCAUUACAUGACGUGUAGGAUUUUCUCUUUGAAGUGAUUUUUUAAAAAUCUUUUUUUUUAAUUGUUUUUACCUGUAGGAAUGUGACUAAUUGUUGUUGACUGUGAAGCACUUCAUCUUUGCUGACCACUUAGGUCUCAUAAAAUAUCUUCAUCUAACCAUCAAA